AUGGAGUGGAAACUUCUUACCACCCUCAUUUUUGCUAUUUUAUCCAUGGUUCUCUCUGCGCUGGCUGUUCCACUUUCCAGAGCGAAGGGCUUCUCCAACAAUGAAUGGGUCUCUUUCAUCAGAGACAACCGCACCUAUAUCUCCAUUGGCAUCCAGAUUCUCUCAACGUCCCUUGCUCUUUCCCAGACUUAUGUCGUCACAUCCCUUGUUAGGCUGGCUACCAAUGCCAAGUUGUUCUCGCCGAACCCACGACUCAAGCUGGACACGUUGAAGCUACUAAAGGCUAUAGCGGACAAGUCUACGAUCUUUGAGUUAGGAAACAAGAGGAUUUCAUUGAUGUCUCUCGCUUGUGUUCUGUUACUUCAAAUUCCUGCCGCUUUGUGGGCUGGCUCUAUUACUCCAACCAUCCGAGAGUUGAAACACGACACACGUAUCGAGGUUCCUCACUUUGAUCAGGCAACUUCUAAGUUCUGGGCCACUCAAUGUGCACCAGCACAGGGUUGCGAUGAACUUUUGGGUGACACCCAAGAUUUGGGCACUUUCUCUUUUGUUAACUGGAAGACCAGAACAGGUCUGCUGUUCAACUCUGUCUCCCAAGCUUCUUCCCGAAAUGUCUCCAUGUCAACUUAUCAGAAACUUGAUGGAACGGGCUUUGUCUAUCACGGACGAUCCUUCGGGGUUGGCUCAGCUGUUGGACUAUUACAACCUAAAUAUUCGGAUGAUCCGAACGCUAUUGUCCGACAAUACUCAUUUCUCGAAGACGGAUACCACGCAAAUGUAUCCUGUCAAUACAACAGAUCAAGCCAAUUGUCAUUUGCCAAAUCAGACAUGGUUACGACGCCUGGCGGCAUCUACGCUCCCCAAGGAUACUGGGUCCAUGGAUCUCUUCCCAACGGCCGUUGGGAUGGCUUCCCGACAUGGGGUGUUCUAAAUGAAGAUUUCACUGCAUCAAUUGCAGCUGUCAAUAACCAAUCGCGAUAUAUGUACGGCUUCUUAGCGGGCAAGGCUUAUUCUCCAUUGAAUCAGACCCAGUGCGAAAUUUCAUUCACACCAGCUCGUUUUAAUAUCACCGCUGAUAUGGAUAAGAAGAUCAUUUCGGUGAGACUCUCCGAAGAGAAUCCAUCAGAUCUUGAUCCAACCAGAGCUUUGGCCAAUAUAUCGUUUCACGGAGUCGGCUACCUGUCGCAGACACUGACAACCUUAUAUACGUCUGUUCUUGGUGACUCCUUUCUUCGCAACAUCGACAAUGUUCAAACCAGGAGGGGACGAAAAGAGAGGGCCGAUGAAGACGUAAUGGAGGCAGUCGAGGAUGGCCUACAGCUCUUGCUGGACCAUCUUCUUGAGAGUAGCGGUGCAGCUCAAAUCAUGCUACUGCAAAAGACCAAACUCAUGAAUGGCACGAUGACGAUUCAAGUAGUCCGUAUUGGAAACUUCUGGUCUGCAUUGGGCUUAUCAAUCAUUGCAUUUGUUAUUGGAGCUGCUACAAUGGUGGUUUACUUCAAACACAGGCUUUGGGGUAAAAUAUUGGGUAAUGAGGAAGGUGAUUUCUUGGACUUCAAGUCGGUCAUUCUAGGCACAUUGAAGGGAUCUGGAUCAGAUAUAGAGCCCGUAAGAAGUUGGAAAGGCCAAUCUGAACAUAAAGAAACGGGAGAGCUGAAGGUACGGGCUAGUAGGGAUCGCUCGACCUUGACUCUAGUGUGCCGACCGACAGACCAGUAUUACGAAUUGUCAGAAACCAGUGGCUAG